CUGACUGCGAGGGGAGGGGGCUCGAGAUGUAAGCAGUGAAGAGAUCUCGGGGUCUUGCACUGCGCCAUUCAGCUGCGGCACGCCUCAGUCCGCCGCGGCUGCAGCUGGGAGAGGCCUUGCCUUCGCCGCUCUCGCCCAGGUCUCCGCUGCCGCUGCCACCUCCGUUGCGAUCUCCUCGGCCCAGCCGCGCCCCGCCCCGCGCUCCUGCUGCCUUCACCGCUGCCAACUCCUCACCCCGAGCCUCCGCUGCCGCCACCCAAGCAUCCGUGAGUCAUUUUCUGCCCAUCUGUGGGCGCGCGGUAGUCACCACCCUAAGAGGUGUGCAGGCUUGCAAAAUGGCAGAAGCGGAUCCUAACAGGGUCUUGGAACCUGCCGCCCAGGGGGUGGAUGAAGAGAUGGUGGCUAGCUCGUCUAGCGAUUCUGGGGAAGAAUCUGACAGCAGCAGCUCUAGCAGCAGCACUAGUUGCAGCAGCAGCAGCAGCAGUAGUAGUGGCAGCAGCAGCAGCAGCAGUAGCUGCAGCCACUUCUAUAGAAAGAAGAGGGUACCUGGGCCUUCCAGAAGUGCGCGGCGGGCUCCGUCGGGUAGAAGUUUCGUGGAUCAGCUGCCUCGGGCAGUUAGAAAUCGUGUGCAGGCGCUCAGAAAUAUUCAAGAUGAAUGUGACAAGGUAGACGCCCUGUUCUUAAAGGCAAUUCACGAUCUCGAACGAAAAUAUGCCGAACUCAAUAGGCCUCUGUACGAUCGGCGAUUUCGAAUCAUCAAUGCGGAAUAUGAGCCUACGGAAGAAGAAUGUGAAUGGAAUUCGGAGGAUGAGGUGUUCAGCAGUGAUGAGGAGGUGCAGGAAGAAGGCCCUAGUGAGAUGCCUGCCUUAGAGGGUGAGGAAGAAGAGGAUGCCCCGAAAGCAAAACCUGAGGUCAAGGCUGAAGAAAAUGCAGCUCCGAAAGAAAAUUCCGAGGCAAAGGCUGAAGAAAAAGCAGAGUCUAAAGAUGCUCUGGAGGCCAAGACUGAAGCAAAAGAAGAUCCGAAAGAAUCCCCCCAGGCAAAGGCAGAAGGUAAAGAGCAGCCUAAAGUAACAGAGGCUAAGGCAAGGGCUCCAGGAAAAGAGGCUCCUAAAAGAGUUCCUGAGGUCAGGCCUAAAGAAAGAGCUCUUAAAAGAGCUCGCAAGGGAAAGCCUAAAAGAGAAGAUCCUAAAGGCAUUCCCGACUAUUGGCUGACUGUCUUAAAGAAUGUUGACAAGCUGGGGCCCAUGAUUCAGAAGUAUGAUGAGCCCAUUCUGAAGUUCCUGUCCGAUGUCAGCCUGAAGUUCUCAAAACCUGGCCGGCCUAUAAGUUACACAUUUGAAUUUUGCUUUCUACCCAAUCCAUACUUCAAAAAUGAGGUGCUGACCAAGACAUAUAUAAUAAAGUCAAAGCCAGAUCACAAUGAUCCCUUCUUCUCUUGGGGCUGGGAAAUCCAAGAUUGCAAAGGCUGUAAGAUAGAUUGGAGAAGAGCAAAGGAUGUUACAGUGACAACCACCCGGAGUCGCACAACUGCUACUGGAGAAGUUGAAACCCAGCCAAGAGUGGUUCCUAAUGCAUCAUUCUUCAAUUUCUUUAGCCCUCCUGAGAUUCCUACAAUUGGAAAGCUUGAACCACGAGAAGAUGCUAUCCUUGAUGAGGACUUUGAAAUUGGUCAAAUUUUACAUGAUAAUGUCAUCCUGAAAUCAAUCUAUUACUAUACAGGAGAAGUCAAUGGUACCUAUCAUGUUGGUAAAGAUUAUGGAAACAGGAAAUAUCGAAAAUAAAAAAGAGUCUGCAUGGAAGAAUUUUCAAGAAUCUCAAAUUUCAAGCAGAAGUGAAGUAGGUUUAUAUAGUUUUGGAAAAAAAAAAACCAACCUGCCCUGUAACCUCAGCACUAGUAUUCCUCACAGUCUUGAGUUUUCGUACUUUCUUGGUAGCCUAAAAUAUUGUCUUAAAGUGUCUAAGUAUCAGUUUAUUCUAUCUAGCC